AUGUCGAAGACUUUUAUCGGCAAUGUCAAGAGUGUCUUGAGCGGAGAUACUUUGAUCCUCACGAGUCCCAACAACCCGUCGGCCGAGCGAACCUUCGCCCUUGCCUAUGUCAAUGCUCCCCACCUGAAGCGUGAGGGCGACGAGCCCUUCGCUUUCCAGUCCCGAGAACACCUCCGAAACCUGGUUGUUGGUAAGCCUGUCCAAUGCACGGUCGCGUACACGAUCCCCAAUUCUGGCCGAGAAUUCGGAACUGCAAAGCUCCAAGAUGGCACCGAGUUCCCCGACGAGCAGGUGAAGGCUGGCUGGCUCAAGGUCCGUGAGGAUGCUGGGCGGAAGGAAGAGGACGAGGAGGUUCUUGAUAAGCUCGAGAAGCUCCGCGGUCUCGAGUCCCAGGCCAAGAGCGAGGGAAAAGGUGUCUGGUCCGGCGCUGGCGGUAUCAUCGAGGUCCAGAAUGAUCUUGGAGGCCCCGAAUUCUUGACCCAGUGGAAGGGCAAGACAGUUGACGGUGUUGUUGAGCGCGUUCUGAGUGGUGACAGACUUCUCGUCCGACUCCUGCUCUCCGAUAAGAAGCACGUACAGCCCCUCACUCUCUUGGCUGGUAUUCGCACACCUGCAACCGAGAGGGUUCUGCCAUCCACUGGCGCCACCCAGCCUGCUGAAGAAUACGGAAAUGAAGCCAAGGCGUUUGUCGAGUCAAGAUUGCUCCAGCGUAAAAUCAAAGUCGAAAUUGUUGGUGCAAGCCCCCAGGGUCAGCUCGUGGCGAGCAUCAUCCACCCCCGUGGAAACAUUGCCGAGUUCCUUCUCCAGGAAGGCCUUGCUAGAUGCAAUGACUUCCACUCCACAAUGCUUGGCGAAAAGAUGGCGGCAUUGAGAGCUGCUGAGAAGCAGGCUCAAACUAAGAAGCUCCGUCUUCACAGGCACCACGUUGCCAAAGCUGAGACCGGCAACCAGGACAUGAUUGUGUACAAGAUUAUUGGAGGAGACACGAUCUUGGUCAGGAACAAGGCAGGCACCAACGAGAAGCGUAUUAGCUUCAGCAGUAUUCGUGGCCCCCGUACCAACGAGGCUUCGGAAGCCCCCUUCAGAGAAGAGUCCAAGGAAUUCUUAAGAAAGAAGGUCAUUGGAAAGCACGUCAAGAUCAGCAUCGACGGAACCAAGCCCGCGAGCGAAGGCUUCGAGGCUAAGGAGGUUGCCACCGUCACCGAGAAGGGUACCAACAUCGGUCUUGCACUUGUCGAGGCUGGCUGGGCAUCCGUCAUCCGUCACCGAAAGGAUGACACUGACCGUGCCCCCAACUACGAUGAGCUGCUGGCUGCUCAGGAGAAGGCCAAGGAGGAAGGCAAGGGUAUGUGGUCCGGCAAGCCCCAGAAGGCUAAGCAAUACCUGGACCUAUCAGAGAACACACAAAAAGCCAAGAUCAUGCUUGCAACGCUACAACGGCAGAAGAGAGUGCCCGCCAUUGUAGACUUUUGCAAGGCCGGAUCCCGAUUUACUCUACUGAUUCCCCGCGAGAAUGCAAAGCUCACUCUUGUCCUUGGUGGCAUCCGUGCCCCACGAGCCCCACGAGCUGAUGGUGAGGGUGGCGAGCCCUUUGGUAAGGAGGCUCUUGAGCUUGCCAACCGCCGCUGCAACCAGAGAGAUGUCGAGGUUGAUAUCCACGACAUGGAUAAGGUUGGCGGUUUCAUCGGCUCUUUGUACAUCAACCGCGAGAACUUUGCCAAGGUUCUCGUUGAGGAGGGUCUCGCAUCUGUCCAUGCUUACUCGGCCGAGAAGUCUGGAAACUCGGCCGAACUGUUUUCAGCUGAGAAGAAGGCAAAGGAGGCGCGUAGUGGUUUGUGGCACAGCUGGGAUCCCUCUCAAGACGAGGAGGAGGAGCCCGAGGCCGUUGAGGAGGAGACAACCGCCGAUAGCUCCGUAAGCCUGGAGAAGAAGCCUACCGAUUACCGCGAUGUCAUUGUCACCAACGUCGACGGCAACGGAAAGCUCAAGAUCCAGGAGAUCGGCAAAGGCACAGCCGCGCUUGAGACACUGAUGAGCGAAUUCAGAAAAUUCAACCUCGACCCCAAGAACAAGCAGCCUUUGAAGGACGCCCCCAAGACUGGCGAGUAUGUCUCGGCUAAGUUCUCUGCUGAUGGGGAGUGGUACCGUGCCCGUGUACGGGCCAACGACCGAACUGCAAAGAAGGCUGAAGUUCUAUACAUCGAUUACGGUAACAGCGAGAUGAUCCCCUGGGCAAACCUACGCCCUCUGGACCAACCCCAGUUCAGCGUGCAGAAGCUCAAGGCCCAGGCCGUAGACGCAUCCCUUUCGUUUGUGCAGCUGCCUACCGGCGCGGACUACUUCCAGGACGCCGUUGGCUUCAUUGCUGAAGUGACCGAGGGCAAGCGCCUUGUCGGAAGCUUCGACUUUGUGGACACCAAGGAGAAUCUCAACUACAUCACCCUCUACGAUCCCAAGACCAACAAUGAGUUGCCGGGUCUAAAUGAUUCUCUAAACAAGGAGAUUGUGGCUAAUGGCUACGGUAUGGUCCCCAAGAAGCUCAAGGCGUGGGAACGUAGCAAGGCCUUUGAGUCGUACUUGAAGCACUUGACCGAGGUGGAAAGCCUGGCGAAGCAGGAUCGCCUGGGCAUGUGGGAGUACGGAGAUAUCACUGAGGAUUAA